GCGGAAUCCUGCUAAGUGACGCGGGUACAUGAUAACGCUCUCCUAUUUCGUGAAGACCUGGUGCUUCCACAAUGUCAUCAGCAAACUCGAAAUUCCUCUGUGAAGAGCUUUCAUUGCCACAGCUACCACGAUGGACACCAGUGACGUGAGCCAGUUCGCUAGAAGGGCUGUAUUGUCGGCACCGGCAUCUCCUCAACAAAUACAGAUCCUGAACCAAGUUAUUCUAGCAGUGUCGGCUUUGAGUAUAACGGGCGCAGGGUGGAUCAUUCUGAGCUUCUGUCUGUUCAAAGAAGUCAGGACGUUCCGGCACCAGUUGAUCCUGGGGCUCGCAAUAUCGGACUUCUUUAUGGCCGUUAAUUUCUUGUCAUCGUGCGCAGCGAAUCUGAGUGGAUACAGUAUCGGAAAGCAUCAAGCUUUCUGCAGCUUUAAUGGAUUCUUGACACAGUUCUUUGUGGUACAAACCGACUACUGGGUAAUUACCAUUGCAAUAUGCACAUUCCUAAUCCUCGCAAACUACAAGCACCAGGCGAGUUGGAUACAGGAACAUCGCAUCCUUCUAUGGUGCAUACCAUGGUGUCUUUCCAUUCUAUGGGCUGCCCUCGGUGUAGGCCUGGAUGGCUACAGCAACAUAGGAGCCUGGUGUUGGUUUGGCUCAGACAAGACUAGACUCCUCGUCAACUUCGUGCCUAGAUGGGUCAUAAUCAUCGCCAUGCUCGGCCUCUACGUCCGCUUGUACCGCAUCAUCUACCGCGCACACGAGCAGUUCAUUUCCUUUCAAGACGAGAGCUCAUCGCAUGGGAUUCCUGGCAUUUCAUCGGAAACCGGGUCCUCGACACGUCGCAUAGGCCGCCCGUCAACAUCUAUGCACAUAACGAGUAAAGACGGUACAAUAGAGGUGGAGCGACACGGAACUGGGGCAGUGACCAAUGGGCAGACGCACUUGGGGCGUCCGAGCACUGUGCUGAAGAAGCUGGCCAAGCAGAUGAUGUAUUAUCCGCUUGCAUAUAUGGUGAUUUGGACCAUUCCGACAACCAUACGGAUAUACCAGAGUGUGACAGGCGUGCCAGCGCCUUUUGGCAUUGCCACUGUCGACAAAGCUUGUAUCGUAGUUCAGGGCUUUGCCGAUGCUAUUAUCUACGGCUUGAACGAGUCGUCGAAGAGCGUAUGGCGCAACAAGUUUCGAAAAACAUCGCCGACGGCUCCUGCACCCAUGCAUGUGAAUGUCGAGCACGAGAUCCGUGUCGAGCGUCUCUCGGUCAUACAGACGGAUAGUGGAAGGAGCUCGGUACACAUUGUAUGA